AGAUGAUUUGUGAUCUGAUUUAAUAAAAAGAUAUGCAAUGCAACACUUGACACUUGGUAACUCAAUUGCAAAAGACAAUUUUGGAUAAUGACAUGAAAGCUGUUCCUAAUUUUAGUGUUCUCCUUUCCAUUGGUUGGUAGCUAUGAGAUCCUCAACCUGUGAACCAUAGAUAAAACCAAAACCUCUUUCUCUAUUCUAAAAUUAGCCAUGUUUUUGGUAAACUUCAAUUUUUCCAUAACACACCAUCCUUUUUUUCCCUAUGGUGUUUAGCAUUUUGUGUUUCGCUUCAUGAUUUUGUUAAGAGUAAUCAUCAUAUAAUAGAAAUAGAAGAAAAAGUGUAUUAUUUGAUUGAAAGAGUGGGUGGAAUGGAAGGAUUAGAUGGGUUAAUAGAUAAGCUUUUGGAAACAAAGAAUAACAGGGGAAAGCGGAUUCAACUAGGGGAGUCAGAGAUUCGCAACCUUUGCACCAAAGCAAAAGAUGUUUUCAUGAACCAGCCAAAUCUACUUGAAUUAGAGGCUCCAAUUAACAUUUGUGGAGAUAUACACGGCCAAUAUCCGGACCUAUUGCGAGUAUUCGAGUACGGUGGGUUUCCUCCGGAUUCGAAUUACCUAUUUCUUGGAGACUACGUCGACAGAGGAAAACAAAGUAUAGAAACAAUAUGUCUCCUUCUCUCAUACAAGAUCAAAUAUCCUGAGAACUUUUUCCUUCUCAGAGGAAACCAUGAAUGUGCAUCUAUUAAUAGAAUUUAUGGAUUUUAUGACGAGUGCAAAAGAAGAUUCAGUGUUCGCCUAUGGAAGGUAUUUACAGACUGCUUCAAUUGUUUGCCUGUGGCUGCCGUGAUUGAUGAUAAAAUCAUAUGCAUGCACGGUGGCCUUUCUCCUGAGAUGGAGAGCUUGGAUCAAAUCAAAGCUAUAGAAAGGCCAUUAGAUGUGCCUGAUCAGGGUCUCUUGUGCGACCUCCUUUGGGCCGAUCCAGAUCCGGAAAUAAAAGGUUGGGGAGAGAAUGACCGUGGUGUUUCCUACACGUUCGGACCCGACAGAGUAACCGAGUUCUUGAAGAAACAUGAUCUCGAUCUUAUAUGUCGGGCUCAUCAGGUUGUUGAAGACGGCUACCAAUUCUUUGCAGACAGGCAAUUAGUUACAAUAUUUUCAGCACCAAAUUAUUGUGGUGAGUUCAAUAAUGCAGGUGCACUUAUGUGCGUCGAUCAAACUUUACUCUGUUCAUUCCAAAUUAUCAAACCAUUAAGAGGAAAGAGCACAUGUUAGAUUCAUUUGCAAGCACAGAAACUUCAACUUUUGCUCCAAACAAUCAAAUAAAUAUGUCAUGCUUGGUUGCAUGUGAUACAGCUCAAUUUUUUUCCCAAAUUCAAAAACUUGUUCUCUGCAUUCUUUUAUUGGUAGAUGAAGAAGGUAUGGCAAAGUGGGAUCCUAUAGUUUUAGCAACCACUUCUGACUUCAUAGGUAGCAGGUGUAAUGAAGUUAGGAUUCAAAAAGAGAGUUCAUAAAUAAUGAUUUGUUAGGAGAUGUAUAUAUAUGUACUUAGGUAAUAUUGUUUUUUGUUUUAUAGCAUAAUUAACUAAUAUUAAUCUUACUUGUAUCCAUAUUGUUGUA